UAAAUAUUGAAAUCGAAAUCGUUUAGAGGGACAAGAGCACUCAGUGCCGUGAAAAUACUCUGACACCCUAGAUAAUGAAGCUUUCUUCUUUUCUUUCAACCAGCCAGGAACACGUCUCUGAUCAAAAUUCAUUGAUCGUACACAACUGCCAUCGGCUAUAAAACCCCGUUGACUUCGUCCGUACUGGCAUUCGGUGUUUAGCCUGGCGAAUCGGUGAUACCGCCAUGAGGAUCUUAACUACUUUUGUGUCGGUAGCCCUUUUGGCCGUCCUCACUAGUGCGCAACAAUUAGAAACUACCGUCAAUGUCCUGCGAGAAAUUUAUCACAGAUGCGCAGACAGCGAAUCCAUGUUAUCUUGCGUUAAACCGAAAGUGUUGGCUUAUAUCACCGAUGCCGUGAAACAAGACAGAUUGGCAAUUACGGAGGAUUUAGCGGUAGUUAAAUCCCGUGACGCGCCGGAAUAUAAGGAGGAAGAUUACUAUCCUACCUUACAGUACGAUGCUGCAGAUCCAGCCAAGAGAAAACUUUUGCGAACGUUGAUGCUCGAGAAAUUGGACGCGUAUUUGUCGAACCAUCAGCUUGAAGCUAAAUUACCAGCAGCGAUUGUAGGGUCCAACAUUGUUCCUAGAUCCUUAGUCGACAGUAUGCCAAAGAGUCUUACAAUCCCUCUUAGUGAUUCUUCUAAUGAACAAGGUCGCGGUUUCGUAAAGAAAGUGAUGAUACCAUUUCUACUUGGUCUCAAAUUCAAAGCCACCGCUUUGGUACCUCUUGCUCUCGCUCUCAUCGCCUUGAAAACGUGGAAAGCAUUGACUCUAGGUCUCCUUUCGUUGGUUCUCAGCGGAGCAAUGACGAUCUUCAAAUUGACUAAACCGAAAGUCGCUUACGAAGUUGUUCACUACGGACAUCCACCUGUAGAACAUCCCCCUCAUUGGGAUACUGCACCUCACGGACCUUACCGGGCCUACAGGAAAUAAAACAACGUACAAUGAUUGAUCGCUUCAUCAUUUAUGUAGAUUUAUCUAAUAUUUAUUUAUCAUUAGUAUUUCAUUAGUGUCCAUUAAAUUUUUUAUAUAUAAUAAAAAUUUUUACAUUAUUUCA